GGGAGAGAGAGAGAGCCAGAGAGAGACAGGCAGAGACAGAGAAAGAUAGGUUGUUACAAUUCUCUCUUCCUUCUUUAUCAAAGUGUUUCUCGAAUUCCAGUGUUUGUUUGUUAGUGUGGGUGCGCGUACAGUGGUGCGUAAGCACCAACGAAAAGGUGAGAAAGGUGGAGGAAAGGAUCGAGGACAAAAUUUGUUCUUUCCUCCUCGUUGACGUUGAGACGUUGUCGUCUUCGUCUUCGUCUACUUCCCUGUUCUCGUCCUUCGUUCCCGUCGUCGUUGACGAAGUCGUCAUCGUUGCUCGUCAUAGUUGUCGUCACGGUCGCGUCGUGGUUUUCGUGUUCGUCGACGUGUGCAAAGGAAUAAAGGAGAAAAAAUGGGGCGUACGCGGGGCCAGGAAAGACGGAUCGAUCGCGAAAUAAACGUACGUCGGAACGACGGCGUGCACUACUGAGAGAAGGAGACUUUUAUAACGGCACGAACGACCAACGUAUACAUAUACACACACGCACACACAUACACACCCACGCGCGCACGCAUACACAUGCUCAUCCAGGCAUACCAUACUUGGACUCUGAUAUUAAUCUCUGAUCCGAGCUUGAACCUAUCUCGCGAUUAGCUUUUUCCUUCGAGUUCGCGUUCGAGGUUAUCUCUUUCUUUUUCUCAUCGUCGUUAACUAGGUCGAGCCGCGUUCGUUCGUUCAUUCGUUCGUUCGUUCGUUUGUACGUUUGCAUAUUUCGAUGUGUACAUACUUACGUAUAUAAAUUGCACGCAUAUUUCGAGAUUUUCGCUGACGUUAAGUCAAAGUGAUUCUGGUUAAUUUGAAUUUUCUAAUUUGUCCUAUCUAUUGUGUUAAUUGAUUUUUUGGAUAAUAGAUUAGUGCGGUAUAAUAAAGAGGAAGAUAAUUUUAUUUUAACGAUUUUUCCUUUUUCCCUAACGUUAAAAAUAAAUAAAGGUAAAAGAAAAAGCAGCUCGAAAUGAUGAGAUCGUUCGCGAUCAGAUGACCGUCGCUAAGGUUUCAAGGAGUGCGAGGAAGUACGUGUAUGUGUAAGAGAUCGAAGGGAAGAGGGAUAUAGGCAGAUAAACUGAUUGAUAGAUAGAUAGAUAGAUAGAUAAAUAGAUAGGGUCAAAGAGAAGGGAGAUAGAUAAAAAUAGAAAAUAAGUAAGAAAGAAAGAAAUAAAAGACGGUGUUCGAUCGAGUCGAGGGAGAGACUCGUCUCCCUGAGAAUCUCGGUGUGCUUCUUCUUCUUUUAUCGUCGCGAUCGGGAGUGCGCCUUGUCGAUAGGACCAUAAAGUAAGGGGCUGCUCGUGGAAAGAGAAUUCAAGAGGAAGCGGAAGAAAAAGAAGAAGAAGAAGAAGUUGGGAAAAGCAGGGAAAGAGAGACAACUCUUAUACAGUGCUCUCGAGAAGACAACGACGUUCAGUAAAAGAUAGAAAGAGAAAGACGAGAUACAGAGGUGAAAGUGUGUCAGCGACAUGGAACUAACUGUCUCGAGGUGUUGUGAGAGAUAAGUUAUUUCCAUAAAAAAAGAGAGAUAGAGAGAGAGAGAGAGAGAGAGAAAAAAAUUGAAAGAGACUUUGAGUGCAUCUAUACAGUAAUUAAAUAUAAUCUAAUUUAAUCGAUGAAACGAAGGUAUAUACGAUUUUUCAUAAAUUUAAAACGAAUAAUUGAAAAUACUCGGAGGUCAUUCGUCUUUCAUUGAAAUAUAUAAAACAUAUCGUAAAUUUAAAAAAAAAAAAAAAAAAAAAAAAAAAUACUAGGAAAGAAGAUUAUUGGUAAGAAAAGCACGUUGUUCUCUCUCCCUGGCGUCAUAUCCGUAUUUUCCCUCGCUUUUUCUCCCCCAAAGCCUCAGCUCUCCGCAUUCGCCUUCUCUAUUUGACUGACGCCCACGCACGCAUACCGAAGAGAAAAGAGAGAGAGGGAGAGAUCGUGGGCGCUUGCGUGAUCACGUGUGACUGCAGCCAAUGCGCGGCGCAUUUGCUUGCAACAAAGAAGAGUUACGGGGAAAAGCCGGUGGAGGAGUAAACAACCAGAGGAACUGACGUAAUUUAGUCUUCGAUGUACAUAAUUAAUACUUUGGUGGUCGAGAAUAAAAGUAUUUAAUGUGGAUAUCCAAAUAGAGUUAGAAAGUUCAAAAGGAGAGGGGAGAUCGAUCAAAGUAUCUCGUAAUAAAGUUCAUUUUGAAUAGAAUAAAAUACUAGAGAAAAUGCGAAUAAUGUUUUUGACGCAUUGGAUCAUUGGGGCUAACGCGAUGGCGUUUAUGACAUUAAUAUUAAUGACCCUUCUUAUGUUCGGACAAGCGGCAUUGUCCUUCGUAUUGGAUGGCUCCUCAACGAGUUACGCACAGUUCCGAAAGUGGAACGCAGCAUUGAACGGUAGCCUUGAAUUCGAAUUCAAGACCGAACAGGGUAACGGUUUGUUACUUUACACCGAUGACGGUGGUACAUACGAUUUCUUCGAAGUUAAGCUUGUCGAAAGCGCGUUACGACUCAGAUAUAACCUCGGUGGAGGCGCGCAAAUCGUCACCGUGGGCCACGACCUCGGUGACGGUCACUGGCACAAGGUACAGAUAAGCAGAUCUAACGAGAAUACCACGCUUACGGUUGACGGUGUCAGCGCAAUUUCAACUUCCCGCGGAAAGGAGUUUGAAUUUGGAAAGUUAUCCAGUAACUCGGAUGUUUACGUCGGUGGUAUGCCCGGUUGGUACAACAGCAAGCUUACCCUCUUAGCACUGCCUAGUGUCAUCUUUGAACCAAGAUUCAAUGGAUUCAUCAGAAAUCUUGUCUAUGCUGAUCCUGAGAGUUUUCUACCUAGGAGGCAGGAAAUGAAGAGUCGCGAUACCAAGUGUGGCAACUUCCCGUGCGUCGAAAGCGUCAACAAACGAAAAUCACCGAGGGUGAGUUUUGAUAUUAUCUAUUACAUAUUAUAGCUUUUUAUACAUUGCGUGAUUCUUUUUAAUAUAUACGAUGAAUAGUUCUUUUUUCUUUUUAAUAUAUCAUUGAAUAAGAACAAAAUUAUAUUUUUUAAAUGAAGGGGGUUGUAAGAAAAAAUCAAUAUCUUUAAAUAAGAAUUUGAAUUUGUAGGUAUUCUUACAGACUUUUAUUCAUAUAUUUAAAUAGACAUUUUUUUUUUCAUAAUACAAGUA